AUGAUCACAUUCUCCAAUCCGUGGAUAGGAGUGAUAAUUCCGUGCAUAAUCAUCUUCACGCUGUCGACGUUCUCGGCCAUCUACAUUCUGCCUCACCAUGUUUCCAACAACGAGCUGACUCUCUUCAUCUGCGCCUCUGCCAUGGUCUGGAUCUCUUACAUCAUCGCCAUCAUAGUGCCUCCUGGAUCGCCACCUAAAAAUUACACGCCUCCCGAGAAUGGCAUGAAGAUGUAUUGUCUCAAAUGCAAGGCUUAUAAGCCCGAGAGAACUCAUCAUUCCAAAGCCCUGGGCGUCUGCGUUCUCAAGAUGGACCACCAUUGUCCCUGGACCAACAACACUGUGGGACACAGAAAUAUGCCUCAUUUCAUGCGGUUUUUAGUCUGGGUCGAUAUGACUGUUGGAUACCUCUUCAUCAGACUGUGUAUCCGAAUCAUGAAGUUGUGGAGAGAUAAACAUCUUCCUUCCUACCUGUUUGACAAGACCGAGGUCAUUCUCUCGAUUGUCUUUCUGCCCGCUUCGUUCUUUGUGCUCUUCACAGUUGGCAUUCUCACUAUUCGUGUCUUUGUCAACAUGUGUAACGGUAUUACUCAGAUUGAGUCCUGGGAAUGUGACCGUAUUGAGAGUCUGGUUCGACGUAAAAUUGUGACCGAGGAGAGAGCCGAGUUCCCUUACGAUAUCGAGCUCUUCACUAACAUCUUCAACGCUGUAGGUUCUCCUCUGACCUUUUGGCUACCCUGGGGACAACCUAGAGGAGACGGAAUCACUUUUGAGAAGAACGAGAGCGGAUACACAGAGGAAGGCGAGCCUCUGUGCUGGCCCCCGGACCACGUGGACUACGACCCUGAGAAUGUACCUCUUCAGAACCUCAAGGACGGUCUUCGACGACGAGGUGAGGAGCCGGAUUGUCUUCUGGGAGGGAUUGGAGCUGGAAAGAUGCAGGCAGAAAACGAUUUCUACAAACGAGAUCACUGGAGAAACGUGGAGGGCGAAAAGUUGGCUGAUUUUGGAGUCGAACAUACCGACAUUUAG